AUGGCUGUUGGCGAUGAUGUCGCUCCUCGUUUUUCUACACCGCCAGCUAUUCGUCAAUUACCAGACGACAGUAAUAUAUUAUUUCUUGAAUGUCAAGUGCAAGCUUCACCCAAACCCGAUAUAACAUGGUUUAAAAAUGAUCAAAAAUUAUCCGCAGCAGAAAAGUAUAAACAAGCAAUAAAAACAUCAACAACACCAAAUACAUACGAUAUAUCAUUGGAAAUAAAUCAAUUGGGACAAGAAGAUGCGGGCACAUAUCGUAUUCUUGCAAAAAAUAAGACAGGAGAAGUAUCAGCAAAUGUUAAUCUUAAUUUUGCAGGUGAAGAUGAUGCAGCAGCAGCUCCAGCUCAAGAUUCAGCCGAAGGUACAUCACCGACAUUUAUUCAAAAACCCAUUAUUAAACAAGAAAAUGAUGGCAAACGAUUGAUAUUUGAAUGUAAAAUAGCAGCUGAUCCAAAACCCGAUUUAUUUUGGUCGCGUGAUGAUGUUCCAAUACAAGAUUCGGGACGUUAUUUAAUUUAUUGUGAUCCACUUCCGAAUAAUGCUUAUGUUGCAUGUUUGGAAAUAGAUGAUGUUAAUGCUACAGAUGCUGGAAAAUAUAAAGUAACAGCCAAGAAUAAAUUAGGUGAAAGUAAUGCUCAUAUUACUUUAAAUUUGGACAAUCAAGAACAAGGUAGUGGUGGUCGUCCAUCAUUCACUGUUGCACCACAAAUUCGUAUGUUUGAAGAAUCUGUUCUAUUCGAAUGUCGUUGUACAGCUGAUCCGGUACCAACUUUUACAUGGAAUCUCGGUGGAAAACCAAUUGUAAUUGGAACAAAAUAUAAACAAGGAAUUUUGUCAGAAGGAAAUAAUCAUACAAUAUUUCUUGAAGUAUUAAAUCUUUCUAAAAAAGAUUCUGGUGAAUAUCGUGUUACAGCUAAAAAUGCCAAAGGUGAUGGUUCAGCUAACAUACAGUUAAAUAUUGAAGGAGUUGAUUUCAAAUUGCCAGAAGGUAUUGCACCAACAUUUACGGCUAAACCAACAAUAAAACAAGAUGCUAAAUCAGCUACUGUUCAAAUUGAUAUUGAAGCUGAUCCAACUCCAUCCAUUCAUUGGACAAAAGAUAAUAAAGAACUAUUAAAUGUUGAUAAAAUCAUAACACGAAUUGUUGGAAAAGGAUCAAAUCGUUAUAGUAUAUUUCUUGAUAUUAAGAAUUUGACAACAUCCGAUAGUGGUAUCUAUAAAUGUACAUUAGCAAAUGAACUCGGUACAGCGGUUGCCAAUGUUGUAUUAAAAGUAGUUGGUGAUAAAAUUAAUCUUGAACAAACUGAUAAACUUGCACCAUCAUUUGAAAAACCAAAAAUUACAAAAGUUGUAACUAAAAAAUCGAUUACAAUUGAAUGUCGAUGUAAAGGAAAACAAGAACCAAAAAUAACGUGGAAAAAAGAUAAAGUCGAUAUUAAAGAAACACCAAAUAAAUAUAAAAUGACAAAAACAAAAGAAUCAGAAGACACAUAUUUAUAUGUACUAGAAGUAUUGAAUCCAGAGACAAAGGACUCGGGAUUGUAUAAAAUAAUGGCUAAAAACGAUGCAGGUGAAUCACAAUCACUUAUUAAUUUGACUGUGGAUGCUGGUGCACAACCGGAAGCUGCCAAAGAAGCUGGUCCUCAACUUAAAAAGCCAAGAAUAAAGCGUGACAAAGCAAAUAAAAAAGUGACGGUGGAAAUCGAUUGUGUCUCAUCAACUGAACCAAAAACCGAAUGGUUUAAAAACAAUGCACCGCUCAAAGAAAGUUCUCGAAUUAGUCAAGCUGUUCAAAAAGGCAAACCAGAUCAUACACUUGUGCUCACCAUUGAUCAACCAACAGCAACCGAUGCCGGAAAUUAUAGUGUUGGAGCGAAAAAUAACGCCGGCGAAAGUGUUACCGAUUUUGUUUUAACACCAGACGAUUGUAAUUUUGGCGACGAUGAGGAACAGGAAAAAAAACCAGCUGCUACACCUAAACAACCGACAGAAGCAAAGACUGCCACCAAACCGGCUGCAGAUACCAAACCGACUGCAGAUACCAAACCGGCUGCAGAUACCAAACCGGCUGCAGAUACCAAACCGGCUGCAGAUACUAAACCAGCUGCAGAUACCAAAUCAGCUGCAGAUACCAAAACCAAGAUGGCAGCACCUACAUUUCCAGAUAAACCAAAAGAUAUUAUUGCGAAUGAUGGUGAAAAAGUUCAAAUACAAUGCAAAGUUACAGGAACACCAACUCCUGAAAUCACAUGGUUUUUUAACAAAAAAGAAGUGAAACCUUCUGCUGUAUGUUACCGUAAUGCUUUGGAAGAUAAAUAUGAUGGACAAAUAGCAAAAUUAACUCUUCCAGAUGGUUACGUUGAAGAUAGCGGAGACUGGAUGUGUGAAGCAUGGAAUGAAGCCGGAGAAGCAACACAAAAUGUUAAAGUGACAGUUAAAGAAAAAAAAGGAAGAACAAAACGAGUAAGAAAACCACCACCAAAAUCCACGAAAAAAGAUGAAGAACCAAGUAAAAAAGAUCAAAGAAAACAAGCAUUAGAACAACAAAAAACACAAGAAGCCACUCAACCCUCAAAACACGAUGAUGCAGUUUCUUCACCUACAAUUUCAAUACCCAAUAAUGAUAAUUAUGAUGACGAUUAUAAUGAAAUAUCAUCGGUUCCAGUUAUUCAAACGGAUGAGCCAUUAUAUGAGGAGGAAGGGCCCAAACGAGCAAAACCGACGAUAGCUACUGCUGAUAAAUCGAAACGUUUAUCACAAACAAAAUUAGAAGCUAUUUCAGAAAUGUCAAGUUCAAAACCUCGUGAAAAGAAAAUAAGAGAAGCAUUGGAACAACAUACGGAUAUUCUUGCACCAAUUUUUAUCGAAAAACCACAAAACUUAAGUUUUAAAGAAGGUGAACGAGAUUUUGUUGAGGCUGUUAUUGAUGGUAAUCCGUUUCCUAAAGUAUCGUGGUUAAAAGGUUCUCGAGAAAUAGCUGCAGGAGCGAAAUAUCACAUGGAAAUUGAUCGAACAACUGGUACAUGUACAUUAACACUAACAAAAUGUCGUCAAGAAGAUGAAGCUCAAUAUGGAAUAUUAAUUCAUAAUGAGCAUGGUGAAGAGCAAGUGAACUUCAAAUUAUUUGUUAAACUUAAAGAUGCGGCAUUAGAUUUUCGUGAUGUAUUAAAACAUCGUGAAUUUGCUAAACAAAAAUUGGACGAAGAAGAUAUGGAUUGGCCAGAUUUGAAACACGUUAAUACUCCACAAAUUCGUACCGAUCAACCUGAAGAGACUGGUAAUGAUGAAAAUACCCCAUCACGACGUUCUUCUAUCAUGGACGAUCGUCGAACAUCAUUGCGUCAUGUUGAUCAAGAAAAUUUAUUGAAAGUACGUCGUGAUUCAAAAACAAGACGACCAUCAUUAGCUGAUGUUAUUCCUGAUUGGCCAACACUUCAUAAAACUGUUAAACCGACAAAGGAAAAAGAAACAUUUAUUGAACCACUUCAAGAUAUUAAAUGUAAAGAAGAAGAUGGUGAAAGAACAUUUCAGUGUGUUUUUUCAAAAUCGAGUGGAAAACUAAGAUGGAUGAAAAAUAAAGUAGAAAUAUUUCAUGGUUUAAAAUAUCAUUUUGAUUCAAGUGGACCAAGACAUAAAUUAACAAUUUAUAAAUUACAUCCCGAUGAUAGUGGAAAAUAUUUUUGUCGAGUUAAUGAAACAGAAACAUCUGCUUGGCUAGAAGUCACACCUGCACGUCCAUUGUAUGAUUUUUAUAAAGAAUUACCAGCUAAAAUGGAAGUAUUUCGAACAAAACCCACUGCUCUUGAAUGUCAUGUUAAUGACGCAUCAGCUCCUGUUAAAUGGUACAAAGGGACAGUACCAAUUGAUACAGAUAAAGAUAAACGAUUUCGUAUUUAUCAAGAUAUGACACGUUGUAUCUUUCGAAUUAAUAAAACAACGAAAGCAGAUGAAGGCGAAUAUACAUGUCAAAUAGAUGAUGAACGUGGUGUUAAAACCACAGGGUAUUUAUAUGUUGAAGAACCACAAUGGCGUUUUGAAACAAAAUUACCACCAACUAUGGAAGCUGAUGAAAAUGAUCAAAUUGAAUUGGAAUGCACUGUUCAGGAUGAAGAUGCUGAAUGUGACUGGUUUUAUAAUGGAGAAAAAAUAAUACCCGAACUCGAUUCACAUAAAUAUGAAGUCAUAUCUUAUGGAAAAGUACGCAAAAUGGUUGUUAAAAACCUUAAACCAGAAGAUAAAGGCAAAUAUGAAUGUAAAACGGGUGUAAUGACAACAGCAACAGAAUUAACUGUUAAACCUGCACUUAGAUUUGAAAGCAAAUUGAGCGAUAUAGAUGCUUUAGAAGAAGCUGACAUCGUUUUAGAGGUUGAAAUGAAUAAAUCUGAUCAACGGCCACGUUGGAUAAAAGACGGAAAAACGCUAUAUCCAGAUCAAAAGAUUGUGAUAAUAAACGAUGGAAAUAAAUAUCGUUUAACGCUGAAAGACCUUACAUUGAAAGAUGCUGGAGAAAUUCAAUUUCAAUGUGGUGAUUUAAAAGAUAGCUGUCGCAUUACCGUUAAAGAAUGUGAUAAACCACCGAGAAUUGAUGUUUCUCGUUUUGCAAAAUCUGUUACGGUUAAAGCUGGCCGACCUCUUGAGCUAGAUAUACCUUAUGAUGCUUUUCCACAACCACUUGGUAGUUGGACAAAAGACGGAAAAGCCGCUGACAGUGAUACAUGCAAAACAGCAGUGGAUGCCAAAAAAGCAAAAUUAUCAAUUGAAAAAACAAAACGUAGUGAUAAGGGAAAAUACGAGUUAACAUUAAGAAAUGCCAAAGGAGAAAUCAAAGUUCCAAUUGAUGUUAAUGUUAUUGAUAAACCUGCUAAGCCUGAAGGCCCCUUGAAAGUAACAGAUGUUACAAAAGAAACAUGUGUUGUAUCAUGGAAACCACCAUUGGACGAUGGUGGUUGUACAAUAGAAAAAUAUAUAGUAGAAAAACAAGAUCUUUCACGUGGCGGUUGGGCACCGGCCGGUGAAAUUAAUGGAGAAGCCACAUCAUUGAAAUUAACAAAAUUGACACCGGGCAAAGAAUAUUUGUUUCGUGUACGUGCCUUGAAUAAAGAAGGAGAAAGUGAAAAUCUAGAAACAACAGCAAAAACUUUAGCUAAAAAUCCGUUUGAUGAGCCGAGUGCGCCUGGUCAACCUGAAGCAACUGAUUGGGACAAAGACCAUGUUGAUUUACAAUGGAGCACACCAGAAAAAGAUGGUGGUGCACCGAUAGAAAAAUACAUAAUUGAGAAACGAGAAAAAGGAAAAGAUCAAUGGCAAAAGGGAGCAGAAGUUGAUGGACAAAGAACAAAAGGCACCUGUCCAUUGCUGUUGGAAGGAAAAGAAUAUGAGUUUCGGGUGGUUGCCUGUAAUAAAGCCGGUCCGGGUGAACCGAGCGAAGCAUCGAAGCCAGUAGUAGCUAAACCAAGAUUUUUGGCACCAAAAAUAAACAGAAUUGGUUUAAAAUCUGUUACGGUCAAACAAGGUCAGCCAAUUACAUUAGAAGCACCGUUUGUUGCUGAACCAUUGCCAACGAUGCAAUGGCUUAAAGAAUCUUCGGAAGUCAAACCUGAUGAUCGCACACAAAUUACACUAACCGAAAAAUUAGCAAAACUGGUUAUUAAUAAAUCUGUACGUUCUGAUACCGGAAAAUAUAUCAUUCGGUUGGUUAACGGAUCUGGAACAGAACAGGCAGAAUGUGAAGUCAUCGUACUGGGUCCACCGUCGAGACCUCGAGGUCCGUUAGAAGUCAAAGGGGUAACCAAAAACAGUGUUACUUUGGCAUGGAAACCACCAGAAGAUACGGGUGGCAAAGACAUCACGAAUUAUGUUGUCGAAAAACGUGACAAAAAAAGCGGAGAUUGGGUGCGUGUUAACGAUGCAAUUGAUGGCACACAAGUAACGAUACCAAAAUUAAAAGAAGGACACGAAUAUGAGUUUCGCGUUAUGGCUGAAAAUGCAAAUGGUCUUAGUGAACCUUUAGUAACAGAAACAGGUAUAAUAGCUAAAAAUCCAUUUACUGAACCCGGCCAACCAGGAACACCUGAAUGCACCAGUCGUAAUCGUGAUCAUAUUGAAAUUAAAUGGUCUCCACCACGAAGCGAUGGUGGUGCACCGAUUAAAGGCUACAUAGUAGAAAGACGAGACAAAACGGCAAAGAAAAAAGAUUGGUCCAAAGUUAAUAAAGGUGAAUUACACAGGACGCCGAAUUUUCUUGACGAAAAUGUAACAGCCGGAAAAGAGUAUGAAUACAGAGUGACAGCUGUAAACGAAGCUGGUCCAGGAGAACCAAGUUCUGGAAGUGCCGGCAUUUUUGCUAAACCCGAAAACGAAAAGCCUUCGUUCGAUUUAAGCUCACUAUUUGGUCCGCUAGGAAAGAGAGAAAUUCGUGUUAAAGCCGGUGAACCGCUAACAAUUGAUUUACCCAUAAAUGGUGCUCCUGCUCCAACUGUUACUUGGACAAAAGACGGUGAAGAAGUGCAACCAACACGAGACACACAACUGGAAAGUGAUGAUACACACGCAAAACUCCAUAAACCAAGUGCAAAACGAGGUGAUACGGGAAAAUAUAAAAUCACAUUGAAAAAUCCAUCUGGUGAAGAUGAAUGCGACAUUGAUGUUAUUGUGCUAGAUAAGCCAGGCGUACCCGAAGGUCCAUUAACUGCGACAGAGACAACAAAAAACUCUGUUUCAUUGCAAUGGAAACCUCCCAAGGAAAAUGGUGGUGGUGAUGUUACUGGCUAUAUAGUUGAGAAAUGUCCGGAAAAUAGUGACAAUUGGGAAAAAGUUCCAGGCACAUUCGUUCAACCAAAAGGCACAGUCAAAGGUUUAGAAACAAAUAAAAAAUAUAAAUUUCGAGUGAGAGCUGAAAACAUUUAUGGAGUUGGAGAGCCAUUAGAAACAACUUCAAGCAUCACUGUAAAACCACCGUAUGAUGCUCCUGAUGCACCCGAUGUACCCGAGAUAACUGAGUAUAAUUCAAAUUAUAUAAAACUAAAAUGGAAUAAACCUUCGAAAGAUGGUGGAAAUCCAAUACAAGGCUACAAUAUAGAAAUGCGUGAGAAAAAUUCUAAUGAUUGGGUACCGUGUAACAGUUUCCCAACAAAAGCAACGGAUUAUACAGUUUCCGGUCUCCGUGAAGGACAAUCGUAUGAAUUUCGCGUGGCUGCGGUGAAUGAGGCUGGACCUGGAGCACCAAGUAAACCAACGAAACCACAAAAAGCUGAAGUACCAAUAUUUCCAGCUGAUGCUCCUGAUCAGCCAAAAGUUGAAAAAGUUACUAAAGACUCGGUUACACUAUCAUGGAAAAAACCUGCAAACGAUGGUGGCAGUCGCAUUACCGGUUACGUUAUCGAAAAACGUUCUCCAGAUGGUCGCGAUUGGGACGAAGUAACUGAGUUGCCAGCUCGUGAUCACUCAUAUACUAUACCGAACCUUAAAGAAGGCGAUGAACUUACGUUUCGCGUCCGAGCCGUGAAUGCUUUAGGACCAGGUGAACCCAGUCGUCCGACAGAUGUAAUUAAAAUUCAAGAUCAACCAGAAAAGCCAUCUUUUCUCGAUUUACAAGGCAUCAAAGAUAUUACUGUACACGCGGGAAAAGAUUUUGAAGUUCACAUACCUUAUAAAGCAGUACCACGAGCAACAGCUGAAUGGACAGUUGAUGAUAAAGAAUUACUUAGUGAUGAUCGCAUUCUUACAAAAACAUUGGAAAAUGUUGUUACCCUAUUAAAUCACAGUGCUCAGCGAUCUGAUACUGGAUCAUAUAAGCUUGCAUUGAGAAAUCUUGAAGGUGUUAGUCAAGUGCAGUUUCGUGUGACUGUCCUUGAUCAUCCUGGAAAGCCAGAAGGACCUCUUGAGGCAACCAAUGUAACGGCCGAAGGCUGUACACUCAAUUGGAAACCGCCAAAGGAUGAUGGUGGAAAUGAUAUUAAACAUUAUGUUGUCGAAAAACGUGAAGCUGGAACAGAAAAAUGGACCAAAGUAGGACCACCGACACCAGGAACAAGUUAUGACGUUAAAGGACUAGAAAAUGGAAAAAAUUAUGAAUUUCGUGUUGCAGCAGAAAAUGAGAACGGUUUAAGUGCCCCGUUGGAAAUUGCCGCUCCAGUUAAAGCUAAAUGGCCGUUUAAUCCACCGGGAGUACCAGGGACACCACAAUGUGCUAGCCACACUAGCGAUUCUAUUACAUUACAAUGGGCCAAGCCACAUAAUGACGGAGGAAGUCCAAUAAAGGGUUAUCUUAUCGAAAAGAAAGAAAAAGGAACAGAUCGGUGGAUACCAGUAAAUCGAGAGCCAGCUGUUGGUCUAGAACAUACUGUUCCUGGCUUGAUUGAUGGUAAAGAGUACGAAUUUCGUGUGGCCGCGGUCAAUAAAGCUGGCCCAAGUGAAUACGCACAAACCGAUGGUCCGAUUACUGCUCGCCCUCCAGAUGUUGCACCAAAAGCCCUUGGCUUUGGUUUUGGUCCGAAAGAAAUAAUCGUACGCGCCGGUGAAGAUUUGAAGAUUUCGGUACCGUUCGUUGGCUCUCCCGCGCCACAGAUAAAUUGGAUGAAAGACGGUGAUGAGUUGCGUCCUGAUGGCAAUACGCAAAUAGCUAUUAAAGAUGGUAUUGCUGAAUUAUUAAUACCAAAGGUUAAAGGUGGUGAUACUGGUAAUUAUUCGUGUACACUCAAAAAUGCACUUGGUCAAGAUACCGUUCAAAUGAAAGUGAUCGUUGUUGAUAAACCAGAUAAAUGCGAAGGCCCAUUGGAAAUAAGUGACGUAACACCAGAUUCAUGUGUACUUCGAUGGAAACCACCUAAACAUGAUGGCAAUUCACCAAUAAACAAUUAUAUAAUUGAGAAAUUAGACACGAAAAAAGGCGAUUGGCAAAAAGUGUCUAGUUUUUGUCGUUCACCUUAUUAUGAAGUUGUAGGACUUAACCCAGGCAGCGAAUAUAAAUUUCGAGUUUCUGCUGAAAAUGCAAUUGGACAAAGUGAACCACUUGAGGGCGAAAAAUCAAUAAUAGCCAAACACCCAUUCGGUACGUGUUUACUUUUAUAA